AUGGCUCCCCUCCCUGGGGCAGAAUUUGUCAAAAGGCCCUGGCAACUUUAUCGCUACUUCCUCCGUUGCUGCAAGGAGCUGCCCGGACAGAAUGUCCAAGAGCACGACAGACCUGCCAUCCGGCAGCGUUUCAAAGUUCACGCUGAUGAGGACGACCCUGCCAGGAUCCGGCAGAUUAUCCAGAGAGCGAUUGAAGACGCCGACUGGGUGAUGGGAAAGGGAGCCCACUCCAACACCUUAAACAUUUUUUAAUGGCCCUUUUUCUUUUUCCAACUGGACUCAGUGGACUCGCUUCUUCCAAAACUAGACUCACUGACUCCCAAUAUAAAAAACAGAAGUAGGGGGAAGUGGAUGGAGAGAGGGCCGCUUGGAACAGCAGCCUGUGAACUGGAAUCUGCACCUUUGUGUCCCCCACUGGAAAAUGCGAGAGGAAAAGCACUACCUUCAAGUUGCAGACACAGCACCUCGACUGGUGGACAAGCGGACUCUUUUC